AUAACCCCGCCAACGCCUAAUUUUCUGUAAAGGAAUAGGCGUAAAUCUUCGCCCAUUGAUAUUUUCUUUGGAAUCUCUUCUGAGCUGAAGGGUUUGUUGUAACUAUCCACACCUCUCAUCGCUAAGUAUGUCAGGCAUCGCACCUGUCAACCCAAAACCUUUCCUGCAGGAACUGACGGGAAAGAUCGUCAACGUCAGGCUGAAGUGGGGUUUGGAAUACAGGGGAUUCUUAGUGUCGACCGAUAGUUACAUGAAUCUGCAGCUGAAUCAAGCUGAGGAGAUUGAGAAUGGAAAGUCCAACGGUGCUCUAGGAGAGAUCUUCAUACGGUGCAACAAUGUCCUUUUCAUACGCGAGUCCAAGGAGCAGACAACAAAGAUGGACGAGGAUUGAGCCCAUCACAAUGGCGAACGAGGGGAUGGAUUCUAGUGCAUGGAUGCGCACAUGAUUGCGACGGCUACAGCUGUGAUGAAAGAACA